AUGUGGAAAUUUUCUGAUACGUUUAAGCGGUUACAUGUAGCAUUUGCUAUGAAUAAUUUUCCCAGUUUUUGUUUGAAACCAAAGCAAGUUCAAUGCUUUGAAUAUUUGCUUCAAGGCUUCGAUGUGUUGUCGAUUCUUCCAACUGGCUUUGGAAAGUCGCUGUUGUUUCAGCUAUUGCCAGACCUUUUGCCAGUUAAAAAGUCGUCCCAGAAUAUCGUUCUUGUUGUCUGUCCGUUAUCAAGUAUAAUCGAAGAUCAAAUCAGUGCUCUGAGUUUGAUUGGAAUUCAAGCAGAAAUUUUACCAAAUACAUGCGAAGAUUCUUCACAUUUAUACAAUUCGGAGUCGUUGUUUGAUCGCAAGGAGGAUACAAACGAACAAACUUGCGAAAAGAUGUAGGUCUUCAUUGUGAACCUCUUUUCUCA